ACACACACUGACACACCAGUCAGUCCAAACUCCAAAGCACGACCGCAGGACAGGAGGAAGAAAGAAAAGGUCCAAGAAGCGCCAAAGAAAAAGGCAGCACACCAAGAAAGAGGGGAACUGCUCCUGCCUCCAGCCUCCUGUCUCUCCACAACCAGAAGCUUGAUUCCUCGCUCGGCCAUGGCUUCACCCGCGGAGGAGACUCCCGCCGCCGAGGAUACGGCGUCGCCUCCGCCGCCGCCGCCGGCGAGGUCCCGGGGCUUCUGGUUCCUUGGGGAGGACAAGUCUGUGCACAAGGCUCUCGGCGGGGGUAAAACUGCUGAUGUACUGUUGUGGAAAGACAAGAAGACCUCUGCUGCUGUAGUCGGUGGUGCAACUAUCCUAUGGGUUCUGUUCGAAAUUGUGGAAUACCAUCUCCUGACCCUGGUUUCUCAUGUGCUGAUUGUUGCACUGACCAUCUUGUUCCUAUGGUCCAAUGCCACUGUCUUUAUCAAAAAGAGUCCUCCUGAUGUUCCUGAAGUGCAGAUAUCUGAAGAUCUUGCUGUGAACAUUGCGCUAGCAUUGCGUGCUGACAUCAACAAGGCACUUGCCUUGCUUCGGGAGAUUGCUCUGGGCCAUAACCUGAUGAAGUUCCUAGGGGUGAUCGUUGCCCUUUGGAUUCUAUCAGAGAUAGGAGAGCUCUGUGAACUCCUGAGAUUCAUGUACAUUGCGGUCUUGAUCCUCCAUACGGUGCCGAUAUUGUACCACAAGUAUCAGGACCAGGUGGACGAUUUCGCUGCAAAGGCACACAGGGAGCUCUGCAAGCAGUACAAGGUCCUGGACGCCAAAGUUCUGAGCAAGAUUCCGAGAGCUACACCAAAAGAUAAGAAGCAGAACUAGAACAACCCACCCAGAAACUCAGACCUGGAGGAUGACAAGCGACUUGUUUUCAGCUUGGGCGGCGAAAGUUUGUAUUCAAUGGUCUGAUGCGGUUCGUCAGUCGUGGGCUUUGUAUAGGUGUACAAUUUCAUGUAUAUGUUCUGGUCACAUAACCCUAUAUGUUUCUACCCUCAAAAGUGUCGUAAAUAUUCCACCAGUAAUUAUUUUGGGUCGUGGAUUUAAUGGCCUUUUGGUUUAAUGUGUAUAUCUAGCUUACACGAGUCUCGGUGGAAAGUUUGGUUGUGUUAUUUCCAAAAUUGUCAUGUCAUAUAUACUGAAAUGAAACUUCUAUGAAACAUCAAUUUCAAUGCAAAA